GGAUCCUUUUUCUCACUGAUGAGUGUUUUUGUUGAGUUCUGGCCCGGGCUGGGUUGAUUCGCCAGCUGGGGACUGUCGUGAGCAGUCGCAGCGUCGGCUCCAGUUUCCUGCGCUCAAUUCCUAGCUGGAUGAAGUCAAUCUGAGUGACUAGGGAGAGAUAUUCUGCGUUGGAGUAAGUCCGAAAAAGAUUAAUUAACAGACCGGAGAACCCAAAAAAAUCUGGAUGAAAAUAAGCGCAGACCAGAAUGCCAGCGGGAUAAAAUACACUUCUUCUUCUCUUCCGUCUAUCGGUGAAAAAAACUAACUAGCAGCUAAAAGCUAGCUAACCUACGUUGCUGUCUUAAGUAGCUUUGAAUAGUCGAAUGCUUUUGUUUCUAAGAAGCACAAUUUUAAUGGGCUUCAUCUCUUUGGAGUUUACUACUACAUUACAACUGGGUCCGCGUUAACACUUCAAUGUUAGCAACGGUUAAGCAGGUAGGCUGAGGAGGUUGGUAGUUGGUUAGUUACUAGUUCAAACUAGCUCUUCGUGUUGGUGCUUGUUCAGCUGUCUUGAAAUCACUCCAUUGAGGUGAUUAGUUGGGCUUUUUUUUUUUUUUUCCAACAGUAAAAACGAGCUGUCGUCAACACUUUCAUACUGUACAUCUACCGUUUUUGAGCUUCGCUUUCAUCUUGGACCCAAACUGAAUGAAGUGCUUUAUUUUUCUAGUUUACAGCUGAAAGCUUCUUCUUUUUUACUUUUGCUUUUGACUGAAUCGCUUAGACUUUUCGUCGCCAUGGCAGCUGUAGCCAGCUACUCACCACCUUGGUGGGUGAACCUGCUGCACAGACUUCCCCACUUCAACUUAAAGUUUCAGCAAACAAGCAGUGAUUUCCAACCAGAAGACUGGACAUAUCAGCAGUCCAUCUUGUUGCUGGGCGGUUUAGCGCUUGCCUGUCUGGUUCUGGACCUCCUGUUUCUACUCUUCUACUCCAUCUGGCUCUGCUGCCGACGGAGCAAAACCACUGAGCAGCCCAACGCCGACUGCUGCUGCACGGCCUGGUGCGUCAUCAUCGCAACACUCGUGUGCAGUGCUGGCAUUGCUGUCGGUUUCUAUGGGAAUGGCGAGACUUGUGAUGGAGUGAAUCGACUGACGUAUUCCCUCCGCCACGCUAACCGCACAAUCACUGGGGUUCAAAAGCUGGUAUAUGAUAGUACGUCGUCGUUGAACCAGACAGUUGACAACAAUCUGCAACAGCUUGAGGGUCAGUAUGCUCAGCAUGCAGACUACCUCUCCAUCAUCCAAAAGCUGCAGGGACAACUGGAUGAGCUGGUCAGACAGAUGGUUGAGAUUCCUUUCUGGGACAACAACCUCAUUUCCCUGGAAGAUUUGUCCACCAGCAUCGAGCUAUAUGACUGGUAUAGGUGGCUGGGCUACAUCACACUGCUGCUCUUUGACAUCCUCAUCUGCCUCCUUGUUCUGUUCGGCCUCAUUCGCAACUCAAAGGGAAUACUUAUAGCGGUGUGCUUGUUCGGUGUAGUGGCUCUUCUAAUCAGCUGGGUCUCCUUGGGAUUGGAACUGGCUGUCUCUGUGAGCUCAAGUGACUUUUGCUUAGCUCCUGAUACAUAUGUUACCUCAGUGGUGGAUCAGUAUGCGGUCAUCAAUAAAGAGAUCCUGCAGUACUACCUUAGUUGCAGUUUGGAGCAAAUCAACCCCUUUCAGCAGAGGCUUUCUGGGAGCCAUAAGGCCUUAGUAGAAAUGCAGGAUGAUGUGUCUGAGCUGCUGCGCUCUGCCACCAGAGAAUAUAAACAGACAAAGGGAAGUUUGGAAGAGAUUCAGGGGAUUCUGAACACCACAGAGAUCAGCCUUCAUCAGCUCACUGCACUGGUGGACUGUCGCAGCCUGCACAUGGACUACGUCCAGGGAAUGACGGGACUGUGCUAUGAUGGGCUGGAAGGCCUCAUCUACCUCUUGCUUUUCUCCUUCGUGACGGCUCUUAUGUUCAGCUCGAUUGUCUGCAGCGUGCCUCACACCUGGCGAGGCAAGCGGAGCAACGAAGAUGGUGAAGAUGACUCUCUGAGCCCCGGCGGAAGGCAGAACCAUGACAGCCUGUACCGUGUCCACAUGCCCAGCCUCUACAGCUGUGGCAGCAGCUAUGGGAGUGAGACAUCCAUUCCUGCCACAGCCCACACUGUCAGCAACGCACCUGUCACAGAGUACAUGGCUCAGAACUCCAACUUCCAGAACUCGCGCUGUGAAAACACGCCACUGAUUGGACGCGAAUCUCCUCCUCCCACUUACACCUCCAGCAUGCGAGCAAAGUACCUGGCCAACAGUCGACCUGAUCCCAACAACCCUCCAGCUCAUUAAACCUCUCCAAUCUCCACCAAUCUGCAUCGCUGCACAUCUCUGAAGCUUCUCCUCUAUCCAGUCUCUCCUCAAGUGAUCGGUUCCAUUUCUUCUGCUUCUUGCUUAUUUUUCUUGUCUCACUUUAUUUGAACCAAAUGUGCUUUUUCUUGCUUGGCUUAAGCAGAACCAGAGGACAUGCAUCAGGUGGCCAACUGUGUGUCCGACGUACAGAUGCCACUAAUCCAACUUCCACACUCCUUUGUUUAGCACUGCGUGGAUCAUUAAGGAUGCUGGGACUGAACUCCUGAGCUGAUGCAAUACACUUGAAAGAUUUUAAACAAGAAUUCAUGAUGACAUGGGUGACAUCAAACAUGGACUCUUCUAUUGAAGCUGGUUAAGUACUGUAACAUAUUCUGUCUUUACUCUGGAGCAAAUGCCUACAUCUGUAGAUAGGAUCUUUAAAGCUACCUAUUUCAUUGAUUAUUAACUUUAGCUUGUUAGGACUCUGUUUCUGGAGCUUGAACCGUACUGUACUUGUGGCACAUUCACCACACACUAACACACUUGGCUUAUAGUGGCAUUCUGUCUUAAACCUGUUGUCUGGGACCAGUGUUCCUGUGGUAUUGCAUGUCUGACCACAGUCUUAUUUUUCUUAAGACACAAUUAUUUCACUUGUUUUGUUUUUAUAUUGCAAUGAGCCCCACUUCUCUAGCAGUUGCUGUUCACUUGUGAAGAUCUGGAUCUGGCACAUGUUUUUAUUUGGUUGAAUGAAACUGAGAAGCCAGAACUCAUUUUUUUUCCCAGCAGAUGACUAAAAAAAAGACGAGUGUGUGGUCUUUGGAGUCUUCUUAACGGCUUGUAAUGCUUUUUGUGGUUCUUUUAUUAAAAAAACUGCAAACUGUUCACACAGAAAGAAGCAGCAGUGAUCACCCAGUGGGAGCUUUUGACUUGAAAAAAUGGCUUUUUCUCAGGAGAUUUUUCUGAAAAAAUUUAAUGCGUUUGCAAUGCAGUGCCUCAAAUGUGUUUUAGCAUUUAUAUAACACUCAAAAGGGGUAGUGGCUGCUGUGAAAGGAUUGUGAAAACCUCUACUUUCUGUGUAAAAGAAAAAGGAAUUUCUCUUUUAGGAAAAUAAUCUGUUGCAACAUGACGAACUUUCAAAUGUGGAGUGAGAUGUCUGUACUCCCACUGCCUCUGCUUGCUUCUUAAGAUGUGAUCGGUGUAGGAAGUGAUGUUGAGACAGUGCCACGUUAAGCACAAACCUUUUAGUAUCUGAGAAACGUUUUACAUGUCUUUAAUUCAACCAGCAGCUCCUUGAUGGCUGUGAAACAAGAAAAUGAGCCUGAGUUUAAAAACAAAUGUAUGCUUUCUUUAAAUAUUCACUGAUGCAGUCUGUUUUUUUUUGUUUUUUUUUUUCAUUUUUUGUAGUAGUAAUAUUGAUUUUGUUCUAAUACAGAUGAAGAUCAUUAAAAACAUUUCCAACUCUGAAAAAAUUAUUUUUCUUUUCUUUAAACAAAACCUGUGAUUAAUUUUUAAGGCAUUUCUUUUAUUUUACCUUAGAAACAUGAAUUCAUGUAAAUAUUAAUAGAUUUAUCUUUCUUUUGUGUAAUAAAAUCACUGUAGAUCUGUUUUUUUAUACAUAAUUUUGUAAUAUGUACGUGUAAAGGCUGUGGUCACGUUGAAGCUUGAAUGCUGUGUUUUAAAAUUAAAGGAAGUUUAACUGAA